AUGGCGAAACGCUCUGCGUCGCCGGUUCCCACAAUUCCCCGGGCCUUGCUCCCCCUCCUCUUGCUGCUGAUGGCAGUCGCCUCCCCACCGUCGGUCUCGGCGUCGAGGGCCGUGAUCAGGGACGGCACCUCCUGCACAAUGUGCGCCUCUUGCGACAACCCCUGCCUGCCCGUCGUUUCCCCUCCCCCUCCACCUCCUCCUCAGCCGCCGUCCACGGCGCAGUGUCCCCCGCCGCCGUCGUCGUCGUCGACGCCGGGCACCUUCUACUACUACUCCCCUCCGCCUCCGUACGGAGGAGGAGGAGGAGGAGGCUACUACUACCCUCCGCCGGCAAACAUCUACUACACGGCACCGCCGCCGCCCAACCCCUUCCUGCCAUACUUCCCCUUCUACUAUUACAGCCCCCCUCCACCCUCAGACCACAAUUCCGUCGCCGCGCCCUCGAAACCCUUCUUCUUCACCUUCUUCUCCUCCUCCAUCCUUCUCUUCCUCUUCUCCCUAGCGUAG